AUGUUGUCCAAUAGCCCCCUCGAUAUUUUCAAGCAGUUCUACUCGACAUGCCUUGUCAUCUUCUCUGUGGUCAUCGUCACCGCAUUGAUGUUCACUGAGAACACCAAGGUUGCCAACGAUGCUCACCCCGUCGUUGCCCUUGUUGUCAUGUGGCUCGGUAUUCUUUGGAUGAGUAUGGUCGAAGGUGGACAAUGCUCCAUGGUCGGUCUUCCCCCAAUUGACCGUGAGCUUUACAGAGAGUCCCACAAGAUCACCUACCAAAUCUGUUCUCUUGGACACAAGGGAGACAACCUUGACCGUUACCUAAUGGGACGUCAAUUCAUGGUUAUCUUCAUCAACUUUACCAUUUCUCUUUGCGGAGCUCCACUUGAAGGAGCCUCCGUUCUUGGUCUUCCACAAUGGGUGUCUGACAUCUUUUUGGGAUCUGGUAUUGCCAUGGUGUUGACAAACGUGAACAUUGGACAAUUGACUGCCCAAGUGAACGCUUCUCACUGCAUGCUUGACUACAUCAACACGCACUUCAUGACCUUUACCUUGUACUGCACCUUGUUGAUCGAGAUGACUGGAUUCAUGCACGUGUGCUACUUGAUCCGUGACUGCUUCUACUGGGCCGCCGGAAAGCCCAUUGUGACCAACGAACCACCACGCGAUGCUGUGAAGGCCUUCUUCCACUGGGGACGUGUUCUCUUUUCCAUGGUCGUCCUUUGCUUUUCUUUGGCUGUCACCCUUGAAGCUCUUUUCAAGGGACAAACCACCAUGUGGGACGUCAUCCCCAACUGGGCCGCAGUCAUCAUCUUCUUUGUGUUGCUAUCCCUUGUCGGUCUUCUUGAGGCCAUGCAAAUUGCUUUCUUUGCCGUUUCCAAGCUAAAGAAGGAGGAACGCGGAGACCACCCUAUGGCUAUGCGAACGUGCAGUUUGCUCUUCAAGGGAGAGGGACGCAACCUUCCAGGAUUCAUGGUUGGACGUCAAGUCACCGUUACUCUUAUCUUCUUCGUCGCCGCCCGUGUCACCACUUUGAACAUCAAGAUCGGAGAGGACGAGAACAUCUUUGGUGUCUCAGACGGUCUUCAAGAAUUCUUCAACUUGGGAUUCCUUGGAGCUAUCAUCACCACCAUCCUUGCCUCCAUCUCUUGGCAAUUGGUCGCUUCCGCCUUCCCCAUUGCCUUCCUUUCCAACCCCUUCGUGUUUGUCAUGUUGAACGUUGUGUUAGCCAUUGAAGCUACCGGUAUCUGUGCCGCCUCUUGGUUCUUUGGAACCAUCCACAAGAAGAUUGCUGGAUUCCAAUUCGACGAGGUUUACGUUGGAACUGCCGAAGAACGUGCUGCUGGAGGCAAGCCCGACACUUCUAUCCACCCUGGACGCGAAUUCACAAUGGGAACCAACGUCCUGAAUGGAAACCCUGCCACUUGGGAAGAAGCCAUCCAAAACUUGUCUGGAAAGGAAACCCCUUCCCAAAAGCGCGAGCGAAUGCUUGCCAACAUCAAGGGACUUCGUGAGAUGGCUGCUGACAGUGAGGGGGCUGAAAAGGCUGCUUUCGAAAAGGCAAUUGAAUUGGAGCUCAAGGCUCUUGAUAUCGUGAAUAGCGAGGAAGAAGAAGCCAUCUUGGCCAAGAAGGCAGCCAAGCAGGCAAAAAUAACUGAUGACAACAUUGCUCCAAUUGAAGCAUCUGAGACUGGCGAAGCUUAA